GGCAAAACUCACAAUCACCCACGUUUGUAGCCCGGAAUCAUAGGAUUAUUACGUCUUGCAACCAUGCUCUCCUGAAUAUAAAAGGGGUUAGGAAUUCAUUCCACCGCAGUCCUCUCUUUCACUAUCGCACAAGUGAGCCGUUUCUAUUCCUUCGUCAUUCCUGCAAGUCUUUCCUACUGUCAACAUCAAAACAAACCUUCUUUAUCAACAAUGACUACCGAGCCUCGCCACGUUACUUUUGAAGUUACCGACAAGAUGGUUGAGCGUGCUUCUAGCAUCACGGAUGCUUCAGGUUCAAAGACCGAGUGCGCUCAUCAUAUUCCAAGGCGGAACUUUGCAUUCCUGCCUUUGGCUCCAGUCAUGUCGACCACCUACCCAAAGCGGUCUCCUCCGACAUCUCCAAAGAUCGAGGUACUUCCAGCAGAUAUCGCCACCUUAUAUAUCGGGGAAGAUCUCGAGUCAGAGAGCGCUCAAACCAACGACACCAGGCCUUACUUCCCCAAAACGAGGCGAUCCAGUAGCAUGAGCAGCAUCGAAUCUUUCGGUCGGCGGCGCUUCCUGAAGCUCAACCCUGUUCAUGGCGGGGGUGAGGUCGGAGUACCCGAUUUUACUCUGGCAGAUUAAGAAGGAUGACUUGGUUAUUGCAUGAAGGUGUGCAGGAAAGACAGAAGCAUGGCUCGGCUAAGUGCGAUCGGUUUCACAGCGAUGGUGCAAAA